AUGGACCAAAGUAAUGAAAACUCAACUGAUUUCAUCCUCCUCGGGCUCUUUCCAGGGUUCAGGCAUCCCUCCCUUCUCAUUCUUAUAGUUCUCCUCAUCUACACCAUUGCCUUUACCGGAAAUGCACUCUUGAUCCUCCUCAUCUGGCAGGACUCUCGCCUUCACACCCCAAUGUACUUCCUGCUUAGCCAGCUUUCCCUCAUUGACCUGGCUUAUAUUUCCAGCACAGUCCCCAAAACAGUAACCAACUAUUUCACAGGGAGGAAGAACAUAUCCUAUUUUGCCUGUGCAACUCAGCUAUUUUUCUUUCUCACACUUGGAAUUGCUGAGUGUGUCCUGCUGACCCUCAUGGCCUAUGACCGCUAUGUGGCUGUCUGUAUUCCCCUGAGAUAUACAGUGCUCAUGAGCCCUACUGUCUGUCUGCAGAUGGCUGCUGCAGCCUGGAUAGGAGGAGCUCUUGCUGCCCUUAUUCACACCAUCUAUCCAAUGCAUUUCCCUAUUUGUGGUUCCAGGGAGAUUAAUCAUUUCUUUUGUGAGAUGCCUGCCAUCUUGAGACUGUCUUGUGUGGACACAACAGCCUAUGAGAUGGUGAAAUUUGUGACCACCAUUGUGUUUCUACUGGUCCCAUUUAUUCUCAUCCUGUCAUCAUACACCUUCAUAUUCCUCACUGUCUUUAGGAUGAACUCCCGCAAGGGAAAGAACAAAGUCCUUGCCACCUGCUCUUCCCACCUGACUGUGGUGAGUCUCUACUUUGGUCAGGGUAUCUUCAUUUACAUGAUGCCCAGCUCUUCCCAUACACCUGAACAAGACCAGAUUGUUGCUGUGUUUGGCACCAUGGUGACCCCCAUGCUCAAUCCUCUCAUCUACAGUCUGAGGAACAAAGAAGUAGUGGGGGCUCUGAAGAAGAUGAUAAGAAGGUUUUGCAGCUGUGAAACAGCAUAG